AUGACAAGUAGAAAUGAGCGCACUUUGGCGCAGUCGAGACGUGACUUUUACUUUCAUAUCAACAACUCAGUCCGUAAGCAAAUGAAUGCGCUGUUUGCGCGCUAAAGACGCGAGUAACGAUCAAGAAAGCGAUCCGUCGGUGUUCGGUGAAAGUGUUUUAUGUGGUGCACGUGAUAGCAUGAACUAAGCGCAUCCUGCAACAUGGUCUUCCCGAUCUUUGGAACCGCAAUCAAGAUAGUCCCUGCGAUUGGAGGCUCGAUUGCAAAAUUCAGUGCCGCGUCUGGUACGAUCGCUGCAGUUGGCAAGGCGAGUGCAGCUAUCGGCGCCACCAAGCUGGGCCUUGCAAUCACGGCUGCAGUUAAGACUGCAACCGCCAUUGUGGGAAUCGGAAAACUCGCCAUUGUCCCGGUGCUAAUAGUUGCACUAGCGUACUACAAUUACGAUCUUUUCGACCCAGAAAAUCGACCAUACAAUGUGAAAGAAGUCGACAAGGAAUAUGACUUCAUAAUUGUCGGCGGCGGAUCUGCAGGCUCGGUGCUAGCAUCACGUCUCUCAGAAAUACCACAAUGGAAGGUGCUGCUUCUGGAAGCUGGAGGCCACGAAACAGAAAUCUCAGACGUGCCACUAUUGUCUCUCUAUUUACAUAAGAGCAAACUGGAUUGGAAGUACAGAACUCAACCCCAGAACACUGCUUGCCAGGCGAUGAAAGACAAAAGGUGCUGUUGGACGCGAGGAAAGGUACUCGGGGGCAGCUCGGUACUCAACACAAUGCUCUAUAUACGUGGUAACCGACGAGAUUUCGAUCAGUGGGAAGAACUUGGAAAUCCAGGAUGGGGAUUUGACGACAUCCUACCAUAUUUCAUCAAGUCGGAGGAUCAGCGAAAUCCCUACCUAGCAAAGAAUACACGUUAUCAUGGAACAGGUGGCCUUUGGACGGUGCAGGACGCACCAUACAACACACCAUUGGGUCCUGCUUUCCUACAAGCGGGUGAAGAGAUGGGAUACGACAUAGUAGACGUAAAUGGUCCCCAACAAACAGGCUUCGCAUUUUAUCAAUUUAAUAUGCGCCGCGGAGCCCGUUGCAGUACUGCUAAAGCCUUCCUUCGUCCUGCUCGAUCGCGCAAAAACCUACAUGUCGCACUACUGGCUCAUGUAACGAAAGUUCUUUUCGAUCCUGAAACAAAACGAGCACUUGGUGUAGAAUUUAUACGAGACAAAGCAUAUCACCGUGUCUACGCAAAGCGGGAAGUUAUCUUGGCUGCUGGAGCUAUAGGGAGUCCGCAUUUGUUGAUGUUGUCAGGGGUUGGACCUGAUGAAGAAUUAAAUCGCGUCAAUAUCCCCAUCAUUCAUAGUUCACCGGGCGUUGGUAGAAACUUGCAGGACCAUAUUGCAGUCGGGGGUCUAGCUUUCCAAAUAGAUGCGCCGAUCAGCAUUGUCAUGAAACGCAUGGUCAACAUAAACACAGCCUUACGAUAUGCUAUAACAGAAGACGGACCCCUAACUAGUAGUGUUGGCUUGGAAGCGGUGGCAUUCAUUAAUACCAAAUACGCAAACGCCUCUGAUGACUGGCCUGACAUAAGUUUCAUGCUUACAAGUGCCUCAACCAGCUCCGAUGGAGGCAGUCAAGUGAGGGUCGCACAUGGACUUUCGGACAGUUUCUACAACGAAGUCUUUUCGGAAAUCAACAACAAGGACGUAUUCGGUGUCUUCCCAAUGAUGCUAAGACCAAAAAGUCGGGGAUUAAUCAAACUCCAUUCAAAGAAUCCUCUUCGGUAUCCACUUCUAUAUCACAAUUACUUAACCCACCCGGACGACGUAAACGUUCUUCGAGAAGGAGUGAAAACCGCUUUAGCGCUAGCUGAAACCCAAGCCAUGAAACGAUUCGGAGCUAGAUUUUGGAGUAAACCGCUGCCGAACUGUAAGCACUUGGCCCGAUUCACCGACGAGUACUGGGAAUGUGUGAUAAGACAAUAUACCAUGACCAUCUAUCAUAUGUCAGGAACAACUAAGAUGGGCCCUCCUAGUGACCCGUUGGCGGUAGUUGAUUCGUCACUCCGAGUGUACGGUGUCCAGGGGUUGCGAGUCAUCGAUGCCAGUAUCAUGCCAACUAUCACGAAUGGAAACAUUCAUGCUCCGGUAGUAAUGAUCGCAGAAAAGGGAGCAGACAUGAUCAAAGAACUGUGGCUGCAAAACGAUAUAUAUAAACGACGAAAGGAUACUUAUGUAAAUGAAACACUCGAGUCAGUGUGAUUUCUAUUAGUAGUAAAUGCCAAAUGAUUGCUUACUUUAGGUGCUUGAUUUUAAGGUGGAAUUUUAGACAUACUCGAUCCCUUUUUAUACUUUCUAAAAUUCAUAUUUUCGCCCUUAAAAUGUUCCUGCAUGAUUAAUUUAUUUUAUUUCAUUUUCAGUGUUUAUUCCAAUCCAUUUUGAAGUAUGUAUUUUUAAGUUAAAUGUUACUUAAACCGAAUAAAAUUAUUGACAACGA